CUAUUUUUAUGAAACUCCUAAGUUUCCAGACAAAACAAUGUUCGCAUAAACCCCCCCAACUGAAACUGUUGCUGACUUCGCCUCUGCCUCCGAGUCCUCCACUACCUGCAUCUCUCAGUCACUGUAUCCGUUCAUUCUCUCUACAUCUCCGGUGGGCCCUAGAAACGGUGGGGCCCAGCAACGAGCUGCAAAAUUAACCACUUGGGUUCGUGGAGUGGCCAUGGGGAGAUCGAUCUAAGACUUCCACUUUCUUCAAACCUUGGUGUUGGUGUUUGGAACAUAAUGGAUCACCAAUCUGUUCAUGGGUUUGAUUCAGACGAAAGUGACUUAGAUAUGCAUGCUGAAACUUAUGAAAAUAAUGAAGGGAUGGAAGAUGUGCUUUCUGAGAACCUGGACUUGUGUUUAGAUGAAAAGGAAGGGAUAGCAGAACCAUCAGCAGAUCUACCUAUGAACAUAGAAGCUUUAGAACCAAACAUAGGCAUGGAGUUCAACUCAAGAGAUGAAGCAAGAGAAUUUUAUGUUGCAUAUGGCAGACAAUCCGGUUUUACUGUACGGAUACACCACAACCGUCGCUCACGAGUAAACAAUCAGGUUAUUGGUCAAGAUUUUGUUUGCUCGAAAGAAGGCUUUCGUGCAAAAAAGUAUGUACACAGAAAAGACAGAGUUCUUCCUCCACCGCCAGUAACCCGUGAGGGCUGUCAAGCUAUGAUAAGGCUAGCUUUAAGGGAUGGACUAAAGUGGGUAGUCACAAAAUUUGUUAAAGAGCAUAAUCAUAAACUAAUGAGUCCCAGCAAGGUUCCAUGGCGGGGAUCAGGAAAGCACUUAGCAAGUGAGGAUGAGAAGGAUAAAAGAAUCCGUGAACUAUCCCUUGAGUUGUACAAUGAGAGGCAAAAAUGUAAGCGACGCUGCGCUGCAUACGAAGAACAGUUAAAUUUGAUUUUGAAAGAUUUGGAAAAACAUACAGAGCACAUGUCAAAAAAAGUGGCGGAUAUAGUUCAGAGCAUAAGAGAGAUUGAGGAGGAACAAUCAGAGGACUCAGAUAGUGGAUGGACUUAGUGCCCAUUAAUCAUUUUCAGGAGCCAUCUAACAACUAGCAAUUCACCUAUGGUUUAGGUUGAAGUUCCCAAAGAUGAUAAAAUUAGUCCCACAAAAUUGAUUAUUUUCCAGAAAAUUGGCAGCUGAUGUUUGAUGUCUGGUCAAGAUGCUCAUGCUCGAUGAAGGCUUUAUGAGUAAAUUGAGCAGAAAUCAUAUGUCGAAUAGUGUCCCUGAUCAUUCUCAUGUUGUAUCUUAAUGUAUUAAUUUUUUUUUUCUUCUCUCAAAUCAAAUUUUCAAUUGUUACUAUAACAUUUUACUGCAAGACACAUGCUUAGACUUGGCGAACUUGGCAUGACAAGACAAUUUGCAUUAGGGUUUAGGUUAGCAAGCUGAAUAAUGCGAACAGGGUUUUAGCACCAAAAUUUGCUCAUGUUUCUCCUUGUGGAGUGGUUGGUUCGGUUGAACUCUCUCUCUCUACCCCACCUUGGUCGCAUUGUUGGACGUCAACAGCUCCACCUCCUUGGUUUUUGUUAAUGGGUGUGAGGCCGUUGUGCUGCAGUUUAUGCCUAUGGCUCCACCACCAUAGAUCAUGGUCGCCAAAUGGAAAACAGACUGCAGAGAUUUGCAGGCAUUCUGGGUUUUUCUUUUACUUGUAUAAAGAGUGAGAGUGAGAAGAGGGGUUAAAAGCUGAAGCUUGAUGUUGUAAAAUAGUAAAUGAAUGAGAAUUUGGUUGGGGCCUUUGGCAGUUAGUGUUGUCAACAUGCAAUCAGAGUGUUGGAGGAAAAUAUUAUAUGAAUUGCGAAGGGGAUGUUGAUCGCAUCCUUUCGGUGCUUAAA